UUGAAUUUUUAAAUUUGCACUUUUCCCAAAUUCCUAUUCCCUCAUAGUUUGAGUUUCCAAGACGUUGGCACAUGUUUUUCCUCUUGAAUAUGCAAAAAAGGAGGUAAUAAUUUCCAGUAUCCCUUUUUUGUCGAUUUCCAGAAACUGCUGUUGUAGCUUUAUUUUACAUGUUACCCUUAGGAAUUUUGCAAUAUUUACAAAAAAGCCACAAAAAUAAGGUGAUUUGGUGAAAAUCAGCGUUAGGUUAUGCUGCAGGUAAGUGUUGAGAGAGGUCAAAACAAAUAAUAGGAUUGGUUUUGAGGCAUUAAAAAAAAAGAAAUCUCCAUCUCUGUACAGCAGUCUGAGAAGUGUCUCGGAUUUGAUUGACAGCUUGUUUGCUGUAUGCAUGUAGCCUCAGUCCCCCAACGGCCCACUAGCCAGCUUUACCAUCCCAUUUAUGACACCAGCCAAUCUGCCUCCAGCCGAGCUUCUCCCUCAGCUUUUCACAGAUUUGUAUCCCCAUUUUCCCCAAAUUCAUCUCACCCCCUGCUCCCCCUCCAGCUUCCUUUAAGACUAACACAUGCACAAACUGCCCACACACAGACGCACAAACACACACACAGAAAGAUGCAAACACAGGCACAAACUGAGCUCACUGCAGUUGAAGAUGAUGUAAAGUGAGAUACCAGUGGAAGAAGUGAGAGUUAAAGGUCUUCAUGCAGCUCUCCUGUAGUGUGGAGUUACUUUUAUAGCAGAAAUGAUUGAAAUGUUGCAAAGUUAUUCUAAUGGGUCGCUAGAGGGCGCUGUUCCAUUUUACAGUCAGGCCUGUGUGUGUGUGUGCAGUUAGUGUGCUGUGCUGCCUUUGAAUAUCUCUGGUUUCAGGAGCUUUCGAUCUCUCACUCACUGUGUGUGUGUGUGUGUGUGUGUGUGUGUGUGUGUGUGUGUGUGUGUGUGUGUGUGUGUGUGUGUGUGUGUGUGUGUGGACUUACAUGACUCUCCUGUAAAGUUAUUACCCAUUCAAAAUUAUUUUAAUUCUCACUGAGACAUUUAAUUUUUAAAAUGGGGUUUGAUUUUUUGGUUUUUCUUCGACACUAUUUAAUUUCGACGGUUUAUAAAUCCAUGGUUUCCGGUUUGCAUUCAGUGUUUAUGCAUAUUACCUCUCAACUUUGCCUCUUUUUUUAAAACAAAUCUUUUCAUCUAUUCCAAAUGACAGUAAAAGCCUUGAAAUUAAUUUAAUUUAUUAGAUUUUUUUAGAUAUUCCAAACCUGAGAUAUUAGUUGAAGCUUUGUAUGGAUGAUUUAUAUUGCUAUGUUCGUCUUAAGGUGAAUUAUGUCAACAAACCAAUUUCGUUUGCACAUUUUCUAGAUAUUUAAUUCGCAACUUUUGGACUACUUGUAUCUUGUUUUGUUAUUUAUUAUUAUUAUUAUUUAAUAAACUGAUCACAUUUUAAAAAUUAUAUUCAGUAAAAAUCGCAGUUUAAAAAAAAAAAUUUCCCCGUUUCCGGUCAAAAAGCAGCGAAAACCGUCUGUCACUUAAAAUGGUGGAAAAGGAGGGAAGUGUUUUCUGGGAAGAGUACACCUAGCUAACUAAACUCGACAGAGUUAAAUGGAAGAAUGUAGCUUAAUCAUUUCGCAUAUUUUCCCCUUUUAUUUUACCCCUUAGUUAACUAUUUAUUGUCGACAGUUUGUAGUUUUAUUGCAGCUAAGGCUAAAAAUCUGGAAGUGUAAUGGCUGGCGGAGGCCAAUUAUAGGAAACACGGUGCACAUGUGAUAUCUUCGAAACUCACAGAGAGAGAGAGAAAGGGGAAAAUGUGUCGAUGUUUGCUGUUCAUGAAGGAUCUAAGUCUGUUCGGUUGGGCUUAACUCAUCUGAAAAGCUCCAUCUGAGUGAGUAUUUCUCUGCUCUGUUGGAUGUUAUGACUUCAAACUAGAGGCUGAAGUUUAGAGGUGAUUGUGCUCGAGCUCUGGGGAGUGAAGAGCUGCUCGUGCGAGUAAUUUUUCUCUAUUUCGUGUUUCUGGAUUAAAAUGCAAGUAGAUCCGGAUUAUUAGGUUUGAAAAAUGAUUCAGAAUUUUAUUUGUUUGCUUAUAUGUAAAAUAUCGAUAAAUUUUGUUCUUUUUAGAGUCGAUGUAGCUGCUGUCAUGAGGCCUUUAUUCAGGAUAGUUGGAUAAAUUUAAUCUAAACAAGAGUCAGGGUAAGUACCUCUAUUAUUUUCAUACGCUCUCUAAUUGAAUUAAAGUCGUGCAUCUAUUGGUUGAAGAGAGGGCUCGUGCCCCCGCAUGCCUCUCCAAAGCUCCUCCCCCUCCUCGUCUACCGUCACUUGGCUCUGUAGAGAUCUGCAUCUUUAUAAGAGCCGCUGAUCAACCCAUGUCCAGCCCAUAAUCUGGUCUGUAAAUCCGCAGGUGAGGAGCAGGUUGAACCUCGAUCCAUCGUUUUGUCAAGGAGGGGGGCGCGUGCAGACAGACAGAAAACAAGCAGGGCGCGCGGUGUGUCGGCUGUGUGUGUGUGUGUCGCCUCCUCGGCUGAGAUUGACUCUCUCUGGACUUUCUUGAGACUCUUUUUAUUUAUUGAAAAGAUCCAAAACAAUGCAGUUAGAGAACAUCCUUCCCAGCGCGAGCAUCAAUCUACCCAAGACCUUUUACAACCUCUCGUCGUCGGACAGUGCCAACAACAGCCCGAGGCCCACUUCACAGCUCGAGUACCAAGAAGUGGAGCGGACGGAGUCAGAGUCCAGCGCGCCGAAGAAGUACUUGGGCAACGGGAUGCUGGGUGAGGGAGAGGGGGACACUUUCGCUAAAACGGGGCCCGAUGGGAGGAAAGGCUCUCCGGUGCUCGGUGAGGACGAGCUGACGAGUGCGCGGCGCUACAACAUAGACGAACUUGGCUCUGACAGAUACUUCAUCUCGUCCUCCCAGGCGAGUUCCGACAUGGCGAACCCCUGUUCCCUCUUCCCUUACGCAGGACAGACCGGCUCCGUGUACACUGGCUCCAGCAGCUCCAGGUACCCGGCCUCGCUUCAUUACGGAUCCGUCCUGCCGCCGACAGGCUUCUCCUCUUCGUCCGUGUGCACCGGACGGAGCCAGUUUAGCAGCGGAGGGUAUCAGUUCAGCCAGGGGCCGGGCUGUUUGUACCCGUCCUAUCCCGGGACGGGGACGGGGAUCGGCUCCAUGUCUUUGCCGGGGUCUGCAGCCGGAGCCAGGGCUCAGGUUUAUCUCUGCAACCGGCCUCUUUGGCUCAAGUUCCACCGGCACCAGACCGAGAUGAUCAUCACCAAGCAGGGCAGGUGAGCAGAUGCGCAGAAAGAGGCUUUAAAGUAGAGGCCCAAUUAAACACAUGAAAGAUAUGUGAACAAAUGACAAUUUAUAUGUUAUAUUCACUGUUUUUAUUCUUCUUAUACGAGCGUCUUAUUUUUUACUUAAAGAAUUUGCUAAAUAUUACGCACACUCGCCGCUCUUUUACGCAUUAUUUUGGACUUCUUAAAUGGCAAAAAUUCGUUCCUGCCGACCCGUAAAUUAAUUAUAAGACAGCAUGUUAACAAAGCAUGAGUAGAAUUCACAUUUUAAUUAGAUAAAAAAGCUAAAAUUUUCCUGAAAGUGCACUGUGAACCUUUUUACUGCCAAAAAAGUUUAUUUUUCUUUUAGUUAUUUUGCCUGCAUGUUUUACGCGCAUCGCUGAGAAAUAUUGAUGUUUUUCUCUUGCUUCUCCAGACGGAUGUUCCCAUUCCUCAGCUUCAACAUCACCGGACUCAACCUCACGGCCCAUUACAACGUCUUUGUAGAAAUAGUUUUGGCUGAUCCGAAUCACUGGCGCUUUCAGGGCGGCAAGUGGGUCACUUGUGGAAAAGCAGAUAAUAAUAUGCAAGGUGGGUGACAAAAAUCCCCAAAACCUGACGAGCUCUAUGUGUUAAAAAAAAAAAAAGACUGGUAAUAGAAAGUGAAGCUGUUGCAUUUAGUCAGGACAGCAACUGAAACAAAAAUCAAUGUCAGAGUUGUGAAAAUGAUUUCUUUUGAACAGUCAAAUAUUUUUAAAAUGCCACUUCUUGGUGUAAUUUUUUGUAUUUUUGAAACACUUUUAAGCUCCUUAUAGGACUGUAAAUUGAAAUGCUAAGUCAUUAAAUGAACCAUACAAGGUGUGAACUCGUUUAAUGCUCAUGAAUUUAGAAUAACAACCACUUUAAAAAGCGAUUUAUUUAAACAUUUCAAAGUGAUUCAUUAUAUAAUUUAUAACUUGAAGAAAACAUAGAUUAAUUUAAAAGAAACAUUUUUAGCUUAGAUUAAACAAACUCAACCUUUACCCAAAAAAUGUUCCUCUCCUUUUAUAAAAAAUAUUUUUUCUUUUAUUGAAAAAUGUGCAUUUAAUUUACCUUGCUCAGAAUUUUGAAAACAAAUUCAUCAGAUGCAUUUAUCAGCAAUGCAAGGAAAAAAAAAAGUAAUUUAUGACAUGCAUGUUUUGCAAAGAUUUAAGCUCGCUACAUUAAUUAAUUAAUUUAUCCUUCUGCCUUAUCUAACUGGAUGUAUGAGGGAAAAAAGGCUAAUUUUUUUUUCUUCUUCUUCUGUCAGGUAACAAAAUGUACGUUCAUCCUGAAUCCCCGAACACUGGAGCUCACUGGAUGAGGCAAGAAAUCUCGUUUGGCAAGUUGAAGCUGACCAACAAUAAAGGGGCAAACAACAACAACACACAGGUUCGAAACUAAUUCUUAUUUAAUUCUGACAGUUUUGGGAAAAUUUAAAACUCGAAUCCAUCUUUUUUUCACCUUUUUUUAAACGCACGUUAUCAUCUAUUUCUUUUUAUAUUAACAGUAAUACAUUCCUGCGACCUGUUUGUGAAUCAGAGCGUGGCAAUUCUCACAUGUUUUUCUCCUGCAGAUGAUCGUCUUGCAGUCGCUGCACAAAUACCAACCGCGACUGCACAUUGUGGAGGUGACAGAAGACGGCGUGGAGGACAUGAGCAAGGAGGCCAGCACCCAGACCUUCACCUUCCCUGAGAACCAGUUUAUCGCCGUCACUGCCUACCAGAACACAGAUGUGAGCAUUUCAUUGUGGACUUUUAGUUUAAUUCAAGAGUUGGUUCGGUUGCAGAAACUGGAAUCAGCACCUAUUGAAUUAUAUGUUUUUAAAAUGUCUGUUUUUAAAUAUUUCGUUGGUUUAACACAGUCCAUCUUAAAAUGCUUGUUAUUAAUGCAGCAUUUCCUCUUUUUCUUUCAGAUCACGCAGCUCAAGAUAGAUCACAACCCGUUUGCAAAGGGCUUCCGGGACAACUAUGACUCGUACGUGUCUUACACUGAAAGCCGUGCGGUUGAUUUGUUUUUCCUGUGUUGUUCUCUAUGAUACUUGUAUCCGACCCUGAAUAAAUUUCUCAUGUGUGUUUUUUAAAUGUAUUUCUCGCACAGGAUGUACACGGCCCCAGAAAGCGACAGGCUGACUCCAUCUCCAACAGACUCCCCUCGAUCCACUCAAAUCGUCCCCGGGGCCCGCUACGCCAUGCAGCCUUUCUUUCAGGACCAGUUUGUCAACAACCUGCCUCAAAACCGCUUCUACACCAGUGAGCGUGCAGUCCCCCAAACCAACAGCCUUCUCUCCCCGCAGAGUGAGGAUGCCAGCGCUGCAGCCGCCUCAGCCCAGCGUUGGUUUGUCCCUCCAGUCCAGCAGCCGGGCUCCAACAAGCUGGAUCUGUCAUACGAGAACGACUACUCCACCAGCAGCCUGCUCUCCUACGGCAUCAAACCGCUCUCCCUGCAGACAUCCCAUGCCCUCAGCUACUACCCAGACUCAGCCUUCAUGGCUGCAGGAUGGGGCACCAGAAGCACAUACCAGCGCAAGAUGACCACCGGUCUGCCUUGGUCUCCCCGUCCGAGCCCCCCAGCUUUCCCUGAGGACCAGCUGGGGGUUACAAAAGACAAGCUGCCCGAGGAGAGCGCUCCACCCGCCACAACCUGGAUCGAAACAUCCCACUCCUUGAAAUCGGUGGACUCUACCGAUUCUGGCGUGUACUCAGUGGUGUGCAAGAGACGUAGGAUGUCUCCCGGGGGCUCAAGCACAGAGAACUCCCCAACCAUCAAGUGUGAGGACUUGACCACAGAAGAUUACAACAAGGACAACCCAAAAGGCAUGGGUUAUUAUGCAUUCUACACAAGCCCCUAAGACUGUAUUUAUUCAAAAGUCAAAUCUAAUUCUUUGGUUUUAUUAUUGAGUGCUCUCCGUUCCUUGUUAAUGUCUUUUUUCUCUUUUCUCUAAAGGUGCCAAAGCUUAGUGUUCCCCCCCAAGCAAGCUGCACAAGGUUAUUUUCCCAGGCCAGCCCCUCUCACAUACCAGAGCAGAAACAUGCAUAGUGAUUGUUGUUUUCAUAAAGCAUGUCCCCCUUUUUUUAUGAAUUUAUUUUAACAAGUUUUUUUAUUUUAACAAAUGUGAUAUUUUUUAUUUACCCCCCCUGCGUAUUUAAGUCAAUUUCGUUGUACAGUAUUCGUGCACUUUAGAAUGUGAUGUAUCUUGUACAAACUUGUCUUCAUGGAGGUGUUAUUAAAUGGAUAAUAAAAACAGCUUUUCACAAG